UCCAACUUGUAAUGACCCGGCCCCGGCCCCGGCCCGUUCAAUACAGGUUUGGAAACCCCGAAAACUCAAAACCAUUCACUGGAGAAAAGCGACCCCAAUCAAUAUCUUCUUCUUCUUCUUCUUCUCUAUUUAUAAAUUUUUGGAACCAUUCCGUUUUUCCGCAACAAGUUUAUUGAUUUCGCAAGUAAAAAUGUCCGCGAAAGUGCAUAUAUUUACGGGAUUAAACCUGGCCUCAGCGCCUGCUUCUUCGUUCCAGCCCUCUUCUUCGAGCUCUCACAGUCUAUGCAUGGUCAGGAAGCCCCUCACGACGUCGUUUUUUGGUCGUGGAGGAAAAGUUACAGGGAUAAGAAUUACUACUUUUAACCAAUCCUGCAGUAGACAAAGGGGAGGUUCACUUGCUGCUGGUAUGAACCUUUUUGACCGCUUUUCUAGGGUUGUCAAGUCAUAUGCAAAUGCAAUUAUAAGUUCCUUUGAAGAUCCGGAGAAAAUUCUAGAGCAAACAGUGAUUGAAAUGAAUGAUGACUUGACAAAGAUGCGUCAGGCCACAGCUCAAGUAUUGGCAUCUCAAAAGCAGUUGGAAAACAAGUAUAAGGCUGCACAAAAAGCUUCUGAAGAUUGGUACCGCAAGGCUCAAUUUGCUCUACAGAAAGGAGAAGAAGAUCUUGCACGGGAAGCCCUAAAGAGGCGUAAAUCUUAUGCUGAUAAUGCUAACACUUUGAAAGCUCAACUUGAUCAACAGAAAACUGUUGUUGAGAAUCUUGUCUCUAAUACACGGCUUUUGGAGAGUAAGAUACAGGAAGCAAGAUCAAAGAAAGAUACUCUGAAAGCACGUGCUCAGUCCGCGAAGACUGCAAGCAAAGUGAGCGAGAUGUUGGGGAACGUCAAUACAAGCAAUGCUCUUUCAGCUUUUGAAAAGAUGGAAGAGAAAGUUUUGGCAAUGGAAUCCCAAGCGGAAGCUCUUGGUCAAUUAACUACUGAUGAUCUUGAAGGGAAGUUUGCACUGUUAGAGGGCUCAUCAGUUGAUGACGAUCUAGCAAACCUGAAGAAAGAACUGUCUGGUAGCUCAAAGAAAGGAGAGCUUCCACCAGGAAGAACUGUCACUACCAGCACAAACAAGGCAUAUCCGUACCGAGAUGCUGAUAUUGAAAUGGAACUUAAUGAACUAAGGCAAAGGGCGAAGGAUUUCUAGACUUUAAGAUUUUGCCCAUAUUAACUUUCCUCUUUCAAGCUCAGCAUUGACUUUUAUUUUGCCAAAAGAUUUAACUUUGUACAGCUAAAGGCCAUACAUAUUAACAUUGUAUAGCUACAAGGCCAAGCUUAAAUCAAUUAUAGUGAUGUCUGGACGGCUAUGCAAUGGAACAGAGCUGCACGUUUAUAUGCGAUAAAACACCAUUGUUGUGUUCUAGAUGUAUGUAGGCUUAUCAUGAACAUUAUAUGCAGCAGAACCCUUGUUUUUUGGAUAAUGUGUGCCAUUUCCUAUUUUACA